UUAUGGUUUGGGUUAACAUAACUAGCCUGUUGGAGUUAGAGAAAUAUUGUGGUUUGAGUCAAAAUACGUAUUGGAGCUUCGUCGCCAUGGUUACAAUAAUAAACUUAUCGAUCGUGGUCAUUCUUUAAAAAAAACAAAAAAACAAACACAGUUAAUUAUCGGGUUGAAACAAACAGAAGUGUCCUAUUUUAAAGUCCAAUGUUUAGCUAGUUAAUCCAAACACCCACCGGGACCACCUCCCCACAUUAACUCUGUGGCUCGCGGGUGUCCACGCGACGAUGGAGGGCGGCGGUGAGACACAGACACGUGUGGACCGGAGCACCGGCACGCGCUCGCUGCUUUUACCGGCAUCCCGCAGUGAGCGACGGGCAGCGGCGACUACAUUUCUGGCAGAGAUGGUGCUGAGCGACGAGGAGGAGGGGGAGGAAGAGGAGCUACUCUGCUCCGACAUCCUUUCAUCCUUCAUCAACAGCCUGCAGGACCAACAGUGGGAAAGAAUCCGGGAGAGGAUGAGAGAACCACUGACUCAGGCUCACAUGGCCAGGGUGUCCAGGAGGAUCAUCAGGGUGGUGUCCGAGCUGGUGUUCCAGCUGCUGGUCCCGGCCCUGAUGGUCCGUCUGCAGACUGAUGAUGUUUCAGAGGCUUCGGCCAGCAAAUCAAGCGAGCAGCACCAUCACAGCGAGGGGGAGCCUCGGAGCAAAGACAGCAGAUCUUCCCCUGUGAUGGUGAGAAACCUCGCUGAAGAUCCUCUCAAGAAGUAUUUUAGAGUCAGUGAGGAGAAUCUGGCCCAGGCGUUAGGCAGCUCCGCCUCCCAGUCGUCUGCCAGAAGCAUGCUGGUGGAGGUUGUGCAGCAGGUGAACCAGGGUCUGUCUGUACUCGCUGCCUACACUCCGCCUCAUGAGAGCCCCGCUGAAACGAGAGCAGAACCGGCCCAGGAACAGGUGGCUGAGGUCAUGUCUGCCACCAUGAAGUCCUUGGGCUUAGCGGGCGAGGCCCUCGCUGAGGUGGCGUCAUGGCAGGAUGUCGAUCAGUUUUUGGAGGCGGCACCAGGGGAGGUGAUCUCGGCCUUGGCUGACAGCUUGGCCAUCUGUCAAGAGAAGAGAGAGGCAGGUGUGAAGACAGAAAGUGCUGCAGGGAGAAUCCUGAGACACCUGGCCGUCAAAAUGAGAUGCCCAAAACGUACCGAGGAAGAGACAGAAGACCAGUGUUUGGACAAGUUUGAUCAGGACAGUUUGGGGGACUUCGGAUCGGGCUACUGUUGCUGCUGCUGGUACCUUGACAAGAAAUUUCAGCGCUCUACCGGCAAAGUAAGAGACGCCUUUGAGAAAAGCCGGGAGGAUGAAACACAAGAGGAGGCAAACCUUGAGAACAGAGAUGGGUCACAUCUACAGGACAUAGGGUAUCCAACGAGUGUGUCUCCUGCAGAGGUCGUCAAAGACCUUUCAUGCAGGAGGUUUCGCUGUACCAGCCUGACGGUAUUGAAGGGAUUCCUCAUGAGGUUACUGGUCAUGUUUUCCCCACAGAGCCUCAGGGCACUGUCCACCUCAUGUGAACCUGUCCUGGCCUCAGUGGACUCUGCAGCCUCAGAGAUGCUGGACGCUGUAGUGAACAGUGUAAAUCAGCUGUGUCAGCCACAGCCAAGAAGGUUUACCUUCCCAUGGCAGCAGACUGAAAACACUACAGUGUCAGAGGACCAAGUAGCCUCCACGGCACUGGUGCUGAAACUCAGCUUGCAGGAGAAACUGCAAAACUUUUUCAACUUCCACAAAAAGGUUUCAGAUAAACUGGAGUGCAAAACGGAAACGUCUACCUCUCUAAGGGACAUGACAGACGAGAACACCCAGGAAGACACUGCUGUGCACAGCAUCCACAGCACGGAAACUGGUUCACGAAAAUCCAGGGUCAGUGGCAUGGCAGAUGUGGUGAGCUCCUUCAUGAGCGAAACAGAGCUGUCACUGAAACAAGAUGGCAGCAUCGGCCAGAGUGUUGAUGCACCGCUGACCAGGCUGGAAGAGCUGAUCAGCCAUGACAAGCUGGUCACGUUCUCUAAGCUGCUGGCGGACAAGGUCAGCAGUAUGUUUCACAAGCAGGCGCAAAGUCUGGCUGAGUCUCAGGAUCCAAACAGAAACGCUCGGUCCGAUUCAGACCUCAGCCAGCCGACGACAGGUGCCGUCGGUGUCAUCACUCCUAGCGAGGAGGUGUACUUAUUCGUUGAGGAAGCUGUGAAACGCCUGCUGACGUCGCUCCUCUUCCCUCCACCAUCCUGGGGAAUGGGUCACAUGAUCCAAGUUCAAAGCGGCGCUACAUCUGCUGCCGACUGGGCAGAGUCGGUUAAGAAGUAUGACAACGUCAUCAGCCGCUUCAGUCAGAUGUUGGCCAACCAGGUGAUGGCAGGCCUCAGGAAGGUGUCUGCUGCCGCCAGGCUCCAGCAAAACAUACAGGACCCUCUGAAGGCCCAGGGAAAGGACAUCCAGGAUGAGGGAUGUUCUGCGGAUGAAGUUCUUGAUGGAGACACCAAGCUGGAAAAGAACCAUUUCUUGCAGGAACUACCAGGCAGGAUCAGGAGGAAAUGGAGGACACUGGCUAACAAGGAAGUCUAAACCUUUCCCUAUCCCUAACCCCAGCAACCCCUACCUUCCCCUAUACCCUCCUAUUCCCCAUUCCACCCUAACCCUAAC